CUGUUUUCUUCCGCAUGGUCAUGUGUGUUUCCUCAUGAUCAUGAGACUGCCGGUUGCUGUCCUCCCUUCACUUCUAGACCACUAAGUCCUCUUGCAAAGCUAAAUCCUCAUUCAGUUUGUAAACAGGGAUGGGGUCCUUUCACAACGAGGCGCCAUUUUUCUUAAACUUGAUCAGCCUUGUUUCCGGGCUGCAGUUUGCGACGUCAUCCUUUUCCCAGGUGCCUUUCCUCACUGUGUGGAACGCUCCUACUGCCAGGUGUCUCUCUCAAUAUGGCGUGGACCUCGACUUGGGGACGUUCAGCAUCGUCCAGAACGAGAACCAGACCUUUAUGGGCGAAAACAUAACCAUCUUUUACUCUGAAAAGCUCGGCCUGUAUCCCAGAUACACCGGCCAAGGGCUGCCCAUCAAUGGCGGCCUGCCGCAGAACGCCAGUCUCGACAAACACCUCGCAGUGGCCUCUGAAAGUAUUCGCACCUGGAUCCCCGACAGGGAUUUUCAGGGACUGGCUGUGGUGGACUGGGAGAGCUGGAGACCCCUGUGGGAGAGAGACUGGGACAGUAAGCAGGUGUACCAGGUGAAAUCAAGAGAACUGGUGAGAUCCGGGCAUCCGGACUGGAGCCCUGCGCAGGUAGAAGCUGCGGCUCGGGCCGACUUCCAGGAAGCCGGGAGGAAGUUUAUGGAGCGAACGCUGAAACUCGGGCAGCAGGAGCGACCGAAGGGGCUGUGGGGUUUCUACGGUUUCCCCGACUGCUACAACUACUACAGGGACAAGAGCGCCAACUACACGGGGGAGUGUCCCGCCGCGGAGCUGGAGAGGAACGACCAGCUGCUGUGGCUGUGGAACGUCUCCUCCGCUCUCUACCCCGACAUCUACCUCAGCCUCGGGCUGCGGCACCUGGACAGAGAGGUGCUCCUCUACAGCCGCCACCGCAUCCUGGAGGCCAUGAGGGCGGGAGCUCCGUCGGCGUCGACCGUGUUCCCGUACGCUCGCAUCGUCUACACGUACACGCUGGAUUUCCUUUCGCAGGAGCACCUGGUCUACACCUUGGGAGAGAGCGCCGCUUUGGGGUCUGCCGGGGUGGUGCUUUGGGGCGACAAUGCCUUCUCCAAAUCUGAGAACACUUGUAGAGCCAUCAAAUCCUACAUCGACAACACACUGGGUCCUUACCUGGUGAACGUGACGGCGGCGGCCUUUCUUUGCAGCUCGACUAUUUGUUCCUCUCAUGGAAGAUGCCAGAGGAGGAACCCGACCUCGAGCGUCUACCUCCACCUGGACCCUGCAGAGUGGAAGGUGGUGCAUGAGAAGAAAUCUGACAAACGGCAGAGCUACACCAUUUUUGGACGGAUGAGAACGCGCAAGGUGGCGUUCAUGAAGUCUGAGUUUCAGUGCAGGUGUUUCCCCGGGUGGAGCGGAGAGCGCUGCUCACAGGGAUGAAAGGCUCUUCUUGAGGGAGAAUGCUUGUGUUUUUAUUGUGCUUUUUUCUUUAUUUUAAAUGGGAGAUAAUUUUGAUUAAAUCCCCACUAUAAUACUACAAUAAUUGAAGAAUGUUGCAUUAAAUGUAUCAAAUGUUUUUUACAUUUCAGCCUAAAACCAUCUGAGAUUUCACUCUCAAAGUCCCCUUUCCCCAUAAAUGUUGUAACUUAUUCUUACUCCACUGUGAUGUUUGAGCUUCCCUGUGCGUGCUGUGUGUGCAAGGUUUUUACACGAGAAGAUACCAAAGGAAGUCAGACAUUGUGGUACUUCUGUCAUACUGCAUCAGUUAUACUACAUAUUGGAACAUUGGGAAACAAACUGAUGUGUUUUCUCUCAAGACUCAUAUUGUAUUUUACUGUAUAUUGCACAGGUAAUCUUUUAAUAUUGUCUUUCCAAAAUGUGCCUCCAUUGUUGCACAAUAAAGAGCAAACCUGCAUAAUGUGACAGGUGUUGCUGCACAAAGGUGGAGAACAAAAAUGUGUCUGACCGUUAAGCGUUGGGUUGUUGUAUUAUUGUGCAGUUUGGCUUUAAGGAGAUUCAGGGAUUCUUGCGUGUAAUAUGUAUUCCACUAAAGACAUAGACGCAAGAGUUUUGCCCUUGUUAUUUAACAAAGCAUUAAAUAAACAAUGUCAGCAAUUCAACGGA